CUUUCACUUACUAACUACUAACGUAGUCUAAGUAGUAGACUGGCGCAACCUCCGUGAUUAUGCCGCAUUGCUGCUGAUACGGAGUACUUACAACAUCUCCCAAGUGCAAAAGGUCAUUCUAAUACCUUACUCCCCUAUCGCUGAUUGCAACCUCACCUACAACCACGACCCUCCGCCUGCCAUCAUUUCACCCACGCGACCGUCAUCAUCCGACCAUAACCAUACUCCAUCAGAGAACAGGCCACCUACCACCCACCACCAUCAUGGCUCAGAAAGCAGCCAAAACUCUCGCCGCGCGCAACACCGCCCUCCUCCUCCGCACCCACCUCAUCAGUCUAGGGCUCCACGCCCUCUUCCUCGCCCUUCACUGGACCUUCAACCGCCCCCGUGCCCUGAAACCCUACAUUUUCCUCGCCGUCCCGACCCUUCUCAUUGAGUUCUACCUAGACCGACUCGGCCGGCCCCGCCACAACCCGGUCGAUGGCUCUCUCCGUUCCCCCGGGGAGGACCUCGGCGCGGCCGGACUCACGGAGUACAUGUGGGAUGUCCUCUACUGGACCUGGGGCUGCAUCGGAGCCGUCUGCCUCCUUGGAGACCGCGCCUGGUGGCUGUGGGGGGUGAUUCCCCUGUACUCAGUCUGGCUGGCUUACACCACGUUCACCGGCAUGCGGAGCGGUUUGGCGGGCAUGGGGGCUGGUGGCGCCGGCCUGGAUGGUGCCGAUGCGCCGGAGAGCAAGAGGCGGAAGAAGUUGGAGAAGCGAGGAGGGCAGCGGGUGCAGUAUCGGUGAGCCAGCUGAGUAGUAGGCUUGAUUGGUCACACUGGCGGUUGUGAUGAACUUGAUGAUGCUAUUGGAGGAUUAUGUGGAUGAGCCUCAAAACUAGAAUCUGUUGAGCACUACGGUAUAUCCUGGUGCGUUUCCCUCUUGUAUAGAAGAAAAGUUGGUUAUGUCUAAUCGAGCAUCGAACACGAGGUCUAUGUCAGGACUGUAAUAAGAUAGAUAUUAUGAGCAAGGAAGCCAACCACGACGGGUGAUAAGGAAACCCUGAACACGCGAGAAUACCGUACCACG